GGCAUUGUGAUGUCAUACUGUAAUGUCUGCGCAACCCCGCGUAAAGUUGGAUAUACACCUACAUUUCAGCGGUGGCAGACAAGAAGCGCGUGCUGAGUUGAGAUGUCGUACUCGUACGUCAAGUGUGUUGACCACCUCCAGAUGGCAGACAUGUGCUCAUUGGAUGAACGUUUACCAAGACUUCAUGGUUAGAUUGGAGCUGUGGUCAAAUGGAGAGGUCAAAAGAAGAAUCAAAGUUUCUUGCACCAUGUGCAUUGUGGCCAGUGGAGCUGAAGGUGACACACAUUGACUGCAAUCCCAAUGACACGCUGGUUCACUUCCAGGGUCAAUAUUUGACCAUCUGUGAAUUAGACUACAACAUUUUACAAGUUGAAAUUCAAAAUGCAGUGAAGACCAAAGUUUCACUUCAGGUUGGAGAGCUUUGCUUGGUAGAAGAGCCACAAUCUGAUCGCUGGUACAGAGGAAGAGUCCAACACAAAGAAAAUGAUUUGUUUGACGUGUUUUUGCUGGAUCACGGAGAUAUUCUCACCGUCGGACCUGAACAUUUGUCCAUGCUAUCCGACACACUUCUGAUGCUCCCACCAAAGAUCGUCUGUGGUUUCUUUGCCAACAUACUGCCGGUCCAGAAACGAUGGAACAGUUUGACCGAGAAUUAUUUCUCAUCCUUGAUAGGCAGUCAGAUCAACGGGUACAUCCAUGCUCGUCUGCCAUACCAAGUACUCAUUCUCGAGGUUCCUGACAUUAAAAGUGACUUGUUGAAACUGAAACUGGCCAGACAUGUCGACACCAGUACAUUUCUGUUACUGGUUGAGUUGCUAAUUGAGGUUCCAAUUCAGCAAAGCAAUGAGUCUGUCCCAGAUCUCUUGAUUGAAAAGCAAACAGGGCAGGAAUACUGUCUUAAAUCUUCAAACCUACCGGGCUUUGAAGAGAUUCUUUCUCUUAAUGGCCCAAAGCUGAAAGUUGGCCAAAGAGCAGAAAUGAUUUUAACAGCAGCUGUAAACCCUGGUCUGUUUUACUGUCGUUUAACUUCCAUGGAAAGGGACGCGCAAGAAAUGGCCCAGAAAUUAGCACAUGUAUGCGAGUCGUGCAGUGGUAGCUUAAGCAACAAGGCCCUUGAAAACCUAGGGUUGCUGUGUGCGGUGAAAGGGAAGGAUGAGAAAUGGCAUAGAGGGGUUGUGCAGUGCCUACCUGUGAACUCCCAUGUGAGAGUCUUGUUUGUUGACAGUGGAUAUUGUGAGUCAGUAAAAGUGGAAAACAUCCUUCAGUUGACGUCCGAAUUCCACUCCACACCAAUCAUGGCUGUACCAUGUUCGCUUUCAUGCCUGGUUGGGCAAGAUGAUGGCAUUAAAGAACAGCAGCUGGCGACUCUCAAGCAUGCAUUGCUGGGAGGAACUUUCAAGGUAUCAAUAGACAGCUUUUGCAAAGAUCAAAACUUCUACUUGGUCACUUUGAGCACAACUGAGAUUUCGUCAAAGGCACCAGUAGUGCAAACUGACAAUAUUAAACCACAUGUCAGUGAGAGUAAAAAGUUGUACGCUGCAGAGACAAAAAAGGUCCAGACAUCUGAUUCUGCUUCAAAUCAAGCAAUACAAAGCGGUGCUCUGUUCGAAGGAUACGUAGUGCACGUUCAGAAUCCAAAACAUUUCUGGAUUAGGACCAAAGAACAAAACUCUAAGUUUGAGGAGAUGAUGAAGGAAAUUAGUGAUUACUUCAGCAAAGUACAGUUGAAUGAGGAGAUCUUUGAAGACCCAGUUCCUGGUGCUCUUUGCUGUGCCAUGUAUGAAAUGGACAUGAGUUAUUACAGGGCUCUUGUGGUAGACACUUUGGAAAAUGGUGCUGAAGUUUUUUUCAUUGACUUCGGGAACACUGAAAAAGUGCCAGGCAUGUUAAUUAAGAAACUUCCCAAGAAGUUUGCUGUUCAACAGGAAUAUGCAGUGAAUUGUGCUCUAGCGCAUGUCUCUCCGAUUGAGGAUACCUGGACGACCGCAGCGUCUGAUUUCUUUAGGCAAGUCACAUCAAAUAAAACCCUGCUGGUUCGUGUCAUUCACAGGAAAAAUGGUAAAUCCAUUGUUGACCUGUUUGAGCAAGGAGAGGAAAAUGGAAGGAGUAUUGCAGAAAUCUUAACAUCAUCAAAUAUGGCGGAGUAUUGGAAAUAUAACCCAGCAUCAGUGUCUGUUGACAUGAAGAGGCAACCUGAAGUCAAGGGAAAGGCUUCAAAUAAGAAAAAAAAUGUAAAGCACCCUUAUCUGGGGAGCCUACGCUGCAACACAUAUUCAAGAAUGAAACAAGAGUGUGCAAAAGAGACAAACGUCGAAAGACAAACUCCUAAUGAAAGGACAAAAUCAAAGGUCAUUGCCACAGAGACUUUCAAAGCAAUCCCUUUGAAACCUGGAUGUCAAGUAAAUGUCAUUUGUUCAAACGUAAAUUCCCCAUCAGAUUUUUGGUGCCAAAACAAGAGCACAAAAGGGGAUUUGGAAAAAAUGAUGGAGGAGUUGCAGAAAUUUUACCAAACUUACACUGUUGUGUACGAGCCCCCGGCAGUAUGUUGUGCUGUAAAAUCUCCACGGGAUGACAGAUGGCACAGAGCAUGCGUGUUAAGAAAAGACAACCAGGACAUGUACGUGAUUCUGGUUGACUCUGGCGUAGUCCUGAAGGAAAGGAUGGCAAACCUUCGAGCUCUUGCACCACAGUUCUUUGAACUUCAGGAACAAGCAUUCAGAUGCAGCUUAAACCUGACUGAACCUGCUGCAGGAGAUGCAUGGAGCGUAGAAGCAUGUAAUUUCUUCAGGGAUUUUAUGUCAGAUGAUUCAAGCGAAAUAAUAUGCCAAAUCAAUUCUCAGCUUUAUGAGCAAGGUAUAGGUGUUGUCAAUGUGGUCAACAUCCAUAAUCAGUUUCAGCAGGCCACAGCAUACCUUGUGGAAAAAGGUGUCGCUGUGGAAAUACAAACUCUGAAGCAGCUCGAUUCAUCCAUGUAUCCUCGCUCUUUUGUGUACUCUUCCUUCAAUGUGAGCUCUGGAAGCGAAGAACAGGUGUACGUUACUCAUGUCUGCAGUCCGUGGGAAAUCUAUUUUCAGCUAAACAGAAAUACAGAGAUCAUUGAUAAGCUGAUGGAGAGAGUUGCUGAAGAAAGUCAGCUGUUGUCUACCACGUCUGAGGACUGCAGUGGUAAUGUUUGUUUGGCACGAUAUUUUUGCGAUGGCCAGUGGUACAGAGCUAUGACACAACCUAUCCAGUCUCAUAAGCACCUGAGCGUGUUCUUCGUCGAUUAUGGCGAUAAACAAAUUGCUGAAAAAAUUAACGUUAUGCCCAUUCCCAGAAGAGCAUCUGAGUUGCUAAUGACACCCAUGCUGGCUUUGAGAUGCAGCCUUUUUGAUAUUCCUGAGGGUGAACACUUGCCGGAAGUCAGUGCGUGGCUUGAGACGGCCUUUCUCAACAAAUCUGUUAAGGCCAAGUUCGUGACAAGAGACAAUAGUGGACAUUUUGUUUGUGAUUUGUAUGAUGGUAAUAAUGUGCACAUCAAUGAAAAAGUCAGAGCGCUCAUUGCAACUUACAGUAUGAAAGAAUGUGAUCUGUCUGCAAGUGAUCCUGCGUUUGAUCCUCAGAAAGAAGCAGCGAACGUUGGGGAUUCGGGCAAAGAAGUCAAUACCAAAGAAAGCAGGUGUAAGAAGGUCAAUCUGGGUGGCAAACAAACUUCAAAACCAACUAAAACUCCAAAAACAGAACACAAAGCACCAAAUAAAGCAACGGUACAGGCAGAACGACGUAAAGCUUCUCCAAAAGUGGUACCUGUUCAUCCAAACCUGCCGAAGCUUGCCGAUCUUCCUGAUACUAAAAUUAAACCAGGUUCUAGAGGUGUGGGCUUCAUCUCUCAUUGCAAAUCUGAUAGUUCCUUCUUCAUCCAGAUGGAAGACGAUGAACCAAGCAUCCUUCAAAUGUGCGAGGAACUAAACAGUACUGUCUUCAAAGAUAACAUGAAACGUGUGACGUCAGAAGUGAAAGUAGGAGAUCUCAUUGUUGCCGAGUAUAAGGAAGACAUGGCUUUGUACAGAGCUGUCGUCACUAAAGUGUUAGUCUCUGACCAACUACAGGUUGAAUUUGUUGACUAUGGUAAUACUGCAAUCGUUGACAGGAACAAUGUUCAUGUGCUAACCUCUGCAGUUUUGUCUCAGCCCAGAUUGAGCAUACUUUGCAUUCUUGCAAAACCUCACUCUUCAAACGAUGUGGCAUUUAUCAAAGAAGCGGUCGGUAAGACUUUAAUGGUCGAGUAUACUCAAAAGCUUGGAAAUUCAUGGAAAGUGAACAUUCGGGUUCACGAGGGUGGCCACACGCAUAAUGGCGAUCAAAAAAAAGAGGCAGUGUCGCCAUUAAAAGUUUACGACAAAAAUCCAACAGUGUCCCAAGAUAAAACCAAAAAGUAUGACAGUAAUGUUCACAUGCUCAAGACUAACACUGGGACCUCAGUCCAACAAAGAAACAAAUCAGUCACGCAAAAAAACAAACUUGAAUUCAAAACCAAUCAGACUUUUGCAACGCAGCCACAUAUUAAGGCAGCCACUUCUGAGAAGUCAAAAUGGUUUUCAAGGAGGCAAUUCAUAAGAAAAACACAGGUUGUUCCAAAACCAGAGCCGUUGGUCAUUUCAAAACAAAAAUCUGUCCCAAGCACUUCAGCAACGAAAUGUGCAAAAAUGUUGCAGAGAAAUACUAGUAAUUCAAAUGCUAUUAAAUCCUCUGGUAGGUCACCAAUGAGUGCUAAGAUUUCUCAGCAAGAUGUAAAAGAAAGCAAAUCCAUGAAAAAUGUUAAGUUGCCUGCUGUUGAUAGCCAGCUUCCCUUACCAAAUACUUCUCCAAAAAGCAGUAUGGAUCAUGCAGACCAGAAACGGACUCUACGUCACGCACCUGUCCAAAUGAACAUCGACUAUAAAGGAUUUGCAUCCGCAGUCACCACCCCGGCUGAGUUUUACAUUGUUCUUGAAGAUGAUCUUUUAAUCCUAGAAACCGUGUCAGCCAUUCUUGAGAACCUUCCAGAAGUGUUGAUGCCUUUACCUGAAGGUCAUUUCAUUCCUGGUGCGAGCUGUUUGGUGAAAUUGGGAGAGUUGCAAAAAUGGCGCAGAGCAGAACUAGUUCAGUGCGAUUUAACAUCUGCGCUUAUCAACUUGAUUGACCAUGGGCAAUAUGCAGUCUUAUCAAAGCAGGAUAUUAGCAAGCUUAAACAACUUCCCGAGGAUCUUGCUCGAUUACCCAAGGUCACCUACCACUGUAUGCUAAGGGGAGUCCAACCUAAUGGUCAGGACUGGUCUGAUGAGGCCAUCAUCUUCUUCCAGAACUGUAUGUGUCAUAGGAACCUUCAGAUACGCUUCAGACAGUAUGUGUCUGACACUCAGUGGGAGGUGGACAUUACCACUGGAAACCAAAAUCUUGCUAAGCUGUUGGUAGACGCAGGCCAUGCCAUGUAUAUUGAUAAUAUGCUUGGAAUCAGAUUUCAGCAAGAGAUUGAGAUGACAGAGCAACCGUGUGAAGAAGAAUGUCACCCGAGGGAGAACCUUUCGAGGAAAAAUGCAUCAAAUGAAUCAACAUUUGAUCACAAAUCAUAUCAAGAUUCUAAUGGGGAUCAAGAUAGCAGUUGUGAUGAGCCUGGACCUGUGGAAGCAAAUCUGAGCCCAUCAGCUGGUGGUACCAAACCCUGUUCACUGAUGUGAGAAGGCGUGUAACUUAAAGAAACUUGCCAAGUCCAGUUCUAGUUUGGGAGUCAUUUUUGUUUAUAAUCAAGUAUUUUAUAUCAGUUGAUUUAUUUGUUUUCAGACUUUCCAGUUUGGAUGUUGUAAAAGCAGCACUGUGUUCUAUAAAAAUAGUCUGUCUUGUUUUAUAGAUUAUGCUUGUUUUUUAUUGGUUCCCUUGGUAUGCAAGUAACGAACAUGUUGUUGAAAUACUAUCGAUCUUUGCAUCAUACUAUUCUUAUUAUGAAUCAGACUACAAACCUACAAGCUUUUUGGCAAAUCUUUUCUAUAAACCGACAAAUAAACAUACAAAUAUUGUUCAUGUAUGAUGAAUUGUAUAAGUAGUUCAUUGAUGCUUAUGAUUCCUUUCUAAAGAUCAGCAAAGUUCAGUCAACAGCAAAGCUUUACUUUGUAAUUUCAUUUUGAAAGAUUAAUUAUUUUAGUUUGACUUGUUGUGAAUAUGUGUACUGUAAGAACACACAAUAAAACAAUAUUACGAGCUGA